GGGGAGGGGAGAAGGAGAGGAGGGUGGAUGGGGCACCGUUUCCAUUGCUUACCACAGGAAAUCUGUGCAUGGUUUAAAUACAAGCCAGAGCCUCUUUUGUAAGCAGCUUGUGUGAAAGUGUGUGAAGAGCGUAGCAGCAUGGUCAGCCGCGUGGAGCAUCCUGCUGCCAGCUACAAGAAGAUCUUUGAGUCAGUGGAGGAGCUGAAUGAGCCCAUACCAGCAGUUAUCACCGGUAUUAUCCCGUCAUGGCUGGGGGGAAGUCUUCUCAGGAUGGGUCCAGGUCUCUUCGAGGUGGGAGAUGAACAUUUCCAGCACCUGUUUGAUGGACAGGCUCUCAUCCACAAGUUUGACCUGAAGAAUGGUCAGGUGACUUACUACCGGAAGUUUAUUAGGACAGAUGCCUACGUUCGGGCCAUGACAGAGAACAGAGUUGUCAUCACUGAGUUUGGCACGGCAGCCUACCCAGACCCCUGCAAAAACAUCUUCUCGAGGUUCUUUACUUACUUCAGAGGCAUUGAAGUGACUGAUAACUGUUUAGUGAACAUCUACCCGAUUGGUGAAGACUUCUACGCAGUCACUGAGACCAACUACAUUACCAAGGUUGACCCUGAUUCACUGGAGACAUUAAAAAAGGUGGAUCUUUGUAAGUACCUCUCAGUGAAUGGGGUGACCGCCCACCCCCACACUGAACGAGAUGGCACGGUCUACAACAUUGGUAACUGCUUUGGCAAGAACAUGAGUCUGGCUUAUAACAUUGUUAAGAUCCCACCUGUUCCAAAAGAUAAAUCAGACCCCAUAGAGAAGUCCCAAGUGUUGGUCCAGCUGCCAAGCAGUGAGAGGCUUAAACCCUCCUAUGUACACAGCUUCGGUAUGACAGACAACUAUUUUGUAUUUGUGGAGCAGCCGGUGAAAAUCAACCUGCUCAAGUUCUUGUCAGCUUGGAGCUUCAGAGGAGCCACAUACAUGGACUGCUUUGAGUCCAACACCAGCAUGGGGACAUGGUUCCACUUGGCCAGUAAAGAGCCAGCGGGUUAUCUGAGUAGUCACAAGUUCAGAACAUCAGCAUUCAACCUCUUUCACCAUAUUAACGCCUAUGAAGACGAAGGAUUCAUCGUUGUCGAUCUCUGCACGUGGAAAGGUCAUGAAUUUGUGUAUAACUACCUGUACCUGGCUAAUCUGAAAGAGGAGUGGGAGGAGGUGAAGAAAGCAGCUGCACGAGCUCCACAGCCUGAGGUCAGACGAUAUGUCCUUCCACUGGAUAUUCACAGGGAGGAUCAGGGGAAGAAUCUGGUAUCUCUUUCAUACACUACAGCGACCGCCGUUCUUGACAGCGACGGUACUAUCUGGCUCGAACCUGAAGUGCUGUUUUCUGGACCAAGACAGGCUUUCGAGUUUCCACAGAUCAACUAUUCAAAGUGUUGUGGGAAGAAGUACUCCUUCGCCUAUGGCCUGGGACUCAACCACUUCAUUCCUGACAGGAUCGUCAAGCUGAAUGUGCAGACCAAAGAGAUCUGGGUGUGGCAGGAGGAGGACAGUUACCCAUCAGAGCCACUGUUUGUGCCAUCACCCGGAGCUACACAGGAAGAUGAUGGUGUGUUGCUGAGCGUUGUGGUAAAGCCAGGUGCGCAGAGACCAGGUUCCCUGCUGGUGCUGGAUGCCAGAAACCUGACAGAGCUCGCCAGGGCAGAAGUCAACACUAUCAUCCCCAUCACCCUGCAUGGGAUGUACAAGCCGUGAAGCUCCGUUUCGUCCAAACAGGUGCUUCAUGAAAUACAGUAGUCUGGCUCUUUUCUCCCACCAUAGACGAGUUUCCAUAUGGAAAUGAACCCCCAUCAUUGCUUUGCAAUGCUGCUAAAAAAAAUAAUCCUCAGCAGUCUCUGUCAUAUGUUACCUGGCCACACAAUGCAUGUUAGUUCUAUUUUUCGUGUAGCUGGUGGGGUGGAGAAGCCCAGCGAAACUAAUAGCAUUACAUCAACCACAUUUACUGCAUAAUCAGUUUAUGUUUAUGUAACUGUUGUUAUACAGCUACAAAUGUACACAGACAGUAGUUUUGCUUGGUUCAAGUAUUUGAAACAAUUUUGGUCAAAUACAGACAAUUUCUUUCCAAUAAUCAUUUCACACAGGAAGUUACCUGCUAAUGUGCAUUUGUUUUGACAACACAUGUUGUAAAAAUAAAUCUGUGCAUACAUUCAUCACAAAAUUGGGGCAACGUUGGAACAUGUGAUUUUACUAUAUUUCUUUCUAUGAACUCCUCCUAAAACAUCAGGAGUUCAGCAACCAAGACUGGCUGUGUCCAACCUUAGGCCCAUAUACACUGAGGCUCAUGCUCCUGAAGGAUCUUAAUUUAUUGUAUGAACUGUUGCCUAGCAACCACCUGCCAGAAGACUACAAUGGCCCAUUUAGUGUCCAAAAAUUGCAUGACAUGGCGUCAUUGUGUUACCUAGCAACCACCUACCAAUCGAGUAAAAUUAUAUGAUGAGCAGGAUAUGGGUCUGGCCAUAUACUAAAACCCCCCCACAAAUGUGUCAAUCCAAACCUGAGAUAAACAUUAUAUUAGAAAAAAAGUGAUAUAUUGGAGCAUUCAUGUCCUUUGGAUUAAGCACCAUUGCUUGUUGCGUAUUGACUCUUCAUUGAAUUCAAUCUGAAUCUUCAGAUUUCAACAUCUUUUUAGAAAAUCAACAGCAAAUUGAACAGUGAGAAUGUUAUAAUACCAGAUGAAUAGUUUUGGAUUAACUGCACUUUUUACAUUAUGUUCCUAAACUUGUUUCUGUGUACACACUGAGCUUGUUACAACUUUGGCGCCAAAUACAGUUAAUAUGAAGUAUAUGAAACUUCCACAGUGCUUUGUGAAAGCUAGCUGUUUAUCAUUGACCUUCACGUAUAGGCAGCACUGUUUAUAAGCCAAUUAUA